UAUUCAUAUUUAUCGAAGUAUUUAAUUUUUGACGUCUUCAUUGCAAACCCAAUGCGUAUAUUAUGCUAGCUUCUUUCUUUGUUUUUCUUAUUCUCUCCACUUAUUAUGUACUUUAAUAAAUACUUGCAUAAUUUCCCUGCUUCAGACACCAAAUAAAAUCUUCAAACGAACAAACUUGGCCAAUAAUGGGGAAUUAUCUGACUCUUUCGUCUUGCCCUAUAAGGGAUCUCUCAAAGAGAAGAAAGGCUUUACCUAUAGAAACUAUCUUCAAGCUUCCUUCUUCAACACCUUCGUGGCCUCAAGGCGAAGGUUUUGCAAAAGGAACCAUUGAUUUGGGAGAGAUUGAAGUUUGUCAAAUAUCAACCUUCAACAAAGUUUGGUCAACUCAUGAGGGAGGACCAGAUAACCUUGGGGCGACCUUCUUUGAGCCCUCGCUCAUACCCGAUGGCUUUCACAUGUUAGGCUCCUACAGCCAGCCCAACAAUAAGCCUCUCUUCGGAUGGACACUGGCAGCCAAAGACAUCUCUAACGGCUCAUCACCACUUACUGAACCGAUCGACUACACCCUUGUUUGGAGCAGUGACUCCCUCAAAAUCAAGCAAGAUGGCACUGGUUACCUCUGGUUGCCAACUCCUCCCGAUGGUUACAAAGCAGCUGGUCUAGUAGUGACUGCUUCUAAGGAUAAACCACCUAUAGAUAAGGUCUGGUGCGUCCGUUCGGACCUUACAGAGGCCUGCGAGAAUGAAGCUUGGGUCUGGGGAAGUAAUGGGUUUGAUGUCCAUACACUUCGGCCAACGAGCCGUGGAACGCAAGCUCUCGGCGUUAGAGUUGGCACAUUCGUUGCUGGUCCUGGCAGCAAUGGUACUCUAGUUUCGUCUUCGUUAGCCUGUUUAAAGAACGUUAAUCCGAACAAGAACUCAUCUAUGCCUAAUUCUACGCAAGUUGAUGCCUUGUGUGGAGCCUACUCUCCUUUGCUCUAUUUUCAUCCAAACGAAAAGUACCUCCCUUCUUCAGUAAACUGGUACUUUGCAAACGGAGCACUUUUAUACAAAAAAGGAGAAGAGUCCAAACCCGUUGGGAUAGAACCUAAUGGUGCAAACCUCCCACAAGGUGGCUCAAAUGACGGGCUGUUUUGGAUGGACUUACCGGUGGACCAAAACGCCAAAGAGAGAGUUAAAAAAGGUGAUUUGAGCUCUGCCCAAGUUUACUUACACGCCAAACCAAUGCUGGGGUCCACAUUCACCGAUUUAGCCAUUUGGGUUUUCUACCCUUUUAAUGGUCCAGCCACAGCUAAGGUGGGACCUCUGAAAAUCCCAUUGGGCAAAAUUGGCGAGCACAUAGGGGAUUGGGAGCACUUAACCCUCAGAGUUAGCAAUUUCAGUGGGGAGUUAUGGAUGCUCUAUUUCUCGGAGCACAGUAAAGGCGAAUGGGUCGAAGCCUCGGAGCUCGAAUUCGUCGGCGGCGGCGGCAACAAGCCAGUCGCCUACGCAUCCCUUAAUGGUCACGCACUGUACCCGAAACCCGGUACAGUUUUGCAAGGCGGGGGAAAUAUUGGAAUAAGAAAUGAUACUGCCAAGAGCAAAAUUGUUAUGGACACGGGGAAGGGAUUCUCACUUGUGGCCGGGGAUUACUUGGGGUCGGCCAUUACAGAACCUCCGUGGUUGAACUUCUUGAGGAAAUGGGGUCCGAAGAUUGAUUACGACACGUCAGAGGAGUUUAGGAAGAUUGAGAAGAUCUUGCCUGGGAAGCUCAAGUCAGCUUUUGAGAAAUUCGUGAACGGUUUACCCAAUGAAGUUUUUGGGGAGGAUGGGCCCACUGGGCCCAAAGUGAAGGCCAAUUGGAGUGAAGACGAAGCAAUCUAAUCUAAGAAUUGUAUCAUUCUUAAAACACACUACUUACAUUGGUGUUGUAGUAUUUGUCACAUAAUUAUGUAUUUAAUUAAUUAAUCAGGUGUUUAUAUAGUAGUUGUCUCUCUACAUAUCAAUCCCACAACAUAACAAAAUGUAAAAACACUUUAGUAUAUGAUUGAUUAUUUCAUGUCUUCCAAUAAA